AUGUCGAUGCGAGAAGGCCGCACUUCGCUUGCACCGCCAGGUGACGCGAACGUGGUCAUGACUUUACGAAUGGUGAAAUCUGACAUCUCGUUCGACACUUCGGAGCGCAGUUCGACUGAUUGCAAAACGUGUUGGAAAAGGCGUGUGGUAUGCGAUCGGACAAUGCCCUCUUGCUGGAAAUGCAAGAAGAAGGAGAUGAAGUGCCCAGGUUAUCGGCCAUCCGCCAAUUUCAAUUGGACCAUGCCUCUUACUCCCAAGACGUUGUUGAACCGCAAAGACAUGAGGUCUGGUGCCAUCCCUGCAAAGGACCAGCAACCCAAGAAGGAGACCCGCCGUGGCCAGUCAAAGGGAGCAAGACCCGAAUCAGCUGCGCGGGAGUUUGGAGAAGUUACCAGUGUGAUCCCUUGGUCCGGGCCCUCCUACCUUUCAACGUCGCCAGGUGCAGGGUCCGUAAUCAAAUCGCGAGAUGCUCGCCGCUUGUUGGACUACUAUUGUAAUGCUCUUUCGGUGAAACUGCCUUGGGUCGAUCUCAAGGACAAUCCCUGGAGGACUACAAUCGUUCCGGCCGCUCUAAACUCUGACUUUCUCCUCAACACGAUCCUUUCCAUGGCAACUGAAGAAUUCGUGUGGGCUACAUCAGGGCAGCUUUCAGCCGCGGUGCUCAAGCAGCAAGCGAAGAGCUACCAGACGCGGGCUUUGGAGCUGCUUUCGCACCAGCUGGCGUUGGACAUCGCGCACGAGAACGCCCGGGUACUGCACUCCGAAAAAACAAUCCAGAUCCUGGCUACGGUGCUCCUGUUGUGCAACUUGGAAAUGAGAAAGCCGGACUCGAGUAUCUGGAGAGUGCACCUCAAAGCUGCUCAUACGUUGAUUCGGUCAUGUUCUUUCACAGAGGGAGACCCAGCGUCCGGAAUGGCCCGUUUCCUCAUCACAAAAUGUGCCUCCCUCAGCGUAUUUGGUUGUAUGUCCAACUUUCGGGAUGGUUCCGAUGACCUGAUGGAGUACGUCUCGAUCUCGGAUGGCUCUGAAUUCCUUCCAUUCCUGCGGAUCCUACAGAGGAUCACACUGAAAAAUAGACGGCAGAAGACCGUGGCAGCCUUGCCACCUGCUGACCCGGCAUGUUCUCGGGAGGGCUGUGUCACACUGAGAGGGGACUUGAUCCAGGCACUGCAAGAGACUUCCAGCUGGGUGUCAAGCAUGGCUCAUGUCUCGGCCUCGAUGCGACAUGAUCUUGAGCAGGUGGGCCAUAUGUUUUAUCUUGCCGGGCUGAUCUAUGGCCACCAAGCGCUACAAUUCAGCUGCUGUUCCCGAGAAUGCGAGAUUUGGGGUUCCCAGAUCAUCGACGAUUGUGGAGCGUUUCACCAGCUACCUCUCUUCUCGCAGGACAUUCUCUGGCCCCUCUUCAUUGCAGGCACAACGUUUGGCAGCCGUAACGAGCUGCAAGAGAUUUUGACGACCAAAAUUCAAGGUGUCGCGACGCACUCCGGCCAUCGGAAUGCACUGCCCGCUCUGAGCUUCUUGAAACAAUUCUGGGCCUGUCAGACUAGAAGCCGAGAUAGCUGGAUCAGUUUCGCGGCGGACUGGACACAGAACGGUGGUGACUUUGUCAUCAUCUAA